UUUGUAUGAACACUGUUUGAUAUUUCAUAAUUAUAUCUCAAUGAGUACCAGGAAAAGUGAAACGAUUGCUAAAAGAGAUGUCCCUGAUAAACCAGCGUUCGGUUUUAACUCGGUUAAAGGAGAACCAUUUCAAAUCAAAUCUGUCAAAGUUGAUGUAAAUAUUAUUGGUCAUGUUGCUGAAGUUACAUCAUGUUUGACUUACUGUAAUGAAGGAAAAACACCUGUUUCAUCAGUGUUCACAUUGCCUGAAGUUGAAAAUGGCACAGUAUACCAGCUUGAAGCUGAUAUUGGUGGACAGCACAUCGUUACAUCUGUUCAGAGAAAGCCUGAGGCACAUUUGACAAAGGAAGAUGCAUUUAAUCAUGGAACAGCAGCCAUGAUAUACAAGAGAGACAAAUCCUCAGAGGGUGUCAGUUGCAUGCUGGGAGAUGUUCCAGCUAAAAGUGAGGCUUCACUUGUGUUGAAAUAUGUGACAGAGUUACCACAAGAGCCUGAUGGUCAACUCAGGUUUACACUUCCUACAGUUCUUAAUCCAAGAUACUCUUCAGAUAAGGGAGAUAAAAAAGCUGUUAAAAAUGACAAAAAUGUUGCUCCAUCCAAGGUUCCAUAUAAGUUCAGUAUGACAGCCACAGUUAAAGCUUACCAUAAAGUUACAUCAGUGACUUCGGAAACUGUUAAGUUAAAUGUUACAUUUGAAGAAGACAACAAGAUAGCAAAGGUGUUAAUUGGUGAUGACUUUAAGUUUGACAGAGAUAUACAGUUGUGUGUGUUGUAUGAGAAGCCAUAUUCUCCACAGGUCAUCCUAGGAAAUCAAAACCCAAAAUCUGAGGAAGUGUGCAAAAAAGAUAUUUGUAUGUUGAGUUUCCAGCCAGAUUUAAGAAAGAUUUCUAUUGCAACCAAUGGAGAAUAUGUGUUUAUCAUUGAAAUGUCAGGAAAGAUGGAUAGAACUAAGAUGGGAAAUGCCAAGAAAGCACUGCAGCUGUUCCUAAGGAGUUUACCAGCUGAUUGUUUCUUUAAUGUCAUAUGCUAUGCCGCUAAGGUCAACUCUCUAUUUAGAAACAGUAAUAAAUACACAGAGAAAACACUGAAAGAAGCAUUCAUAUUCUUGGAAAAGAUGAAAACUGACAUCACCAACAAUGCAGACAUAUUCAAAGCUUUACACCACAUAUAUGGUAAAAAACCUAUAUCCGGUCAUCCCAGAAAG